AUGGUGCUGAACCCGGUGAUCGGGAAGCUGGUCAGCAAGAGGGUGGUGCUGGCCAGCGCCUCCCCCCGCCGGCAGGAGAUCCUCACCAACGUGGGUCUCCGAUUUGAGGUAGUUCCAUCCUGGUUUAAAGAGACACUUGAGAAGUCAUCUUUUGCAGCCCCUUAUGAAUAUGCCAUAGAAACAGCAAAGCAGAAGGCACUUGAAGUGGCAAAUAGAAUGCAUCUAAAACACCUUAGAACUCCAGAUAUUGUUAUAGGAGCAGACACUAUUGUGACUGUUGGAAAACAGAUUCUGGAGAAACCAGUUGAUAAACAAGAUGCAUAUAAGAUGCUGUCAAGGUUGAGUGGGAAGGAGCACAGUGUCUUUACGGGAGUAGCCAUUGUUCACUGCAGCAGUAAAGAUAAUCAUCUGGAGACUGAAGUCACUGAUUUCUAUGAAGAGACAAAAGUUAAAUUUGCUGAACUAUCUGAGGAGCUUUUAUGGGAAUAUAUUCACAGUGGAGAACCAAUGGACAAAGCUGGUGGUUAUGGAAUCCAGGCCUUUGGUGGAAUGUUAGUGGAAUAUGUUCAUGGAGACUUCUUGAACGUGGUGGGCUUUCCUCUGAAUCACUUCUGCAAAAAGUUAGCGGAGUUGUAUUAUCCACCCCUCAAACAUACCAUACAGCAUGUCAAGCAUGACUCUAUCCCCUCUGUCGAGACUUUUGAGAACCUCAGUGAUGGAGAGAGUGACUCUUCAAAUCCCAUGCAGCAUAAAAGUGCUAACAAAUUAGAGAGGAAUGGGGUGCCCCACUCAGGAGCCAUUCAUACGCCAGUAAACAGUGGUAGCAUCAAGCCUGUUUGUACAGUGGCUGUGGAAAAUCAGAGUGGAGUGAUGGAAUAUCCAGCUAAAUUCCCAUCAAAAAUUGUAGAACUUAUGGAUGGCUUCAGAGCUUCAAAGGCUUUGUUUGUGGCCUCUAAACUGAAAGUGUUUGAUCUUCUGAAAGAUAAAUGUAUACUGAAGGCUGUGGAUGUUGCCAAUAAGAUAGAAGCCUCUGUGUGUGGAACAGAAAGACUGCUCGAUGCUUGUGCUUCUCUUGGAUUGCUGGAGAAAACCCAUCAAGGUUACAGUAAUACGGAUUCAGCGAACACAUAUCUGGUGUCAGACAGAGAAUAUUCACUUCAUGGCUACAUUAUCCACUGUAAUGACCGCCUUUGGCAUCUCUUUACACACCUGGAGGCUGCUGUCAAAGAGGGGACCAUGCAGACCCAUCAGGCUUUUGGAAAGGAAACAGAGGACUUGUUUCAGGAUUCCUGUUAUCACAGUGUGGAGGCAAAGCAGCGUUUCAUGACUGCCAUGCAUAGCAUUGCCAAAUUGACAGCAAGAGACGUGGCAACAGCUUUUGAUCUUUCACCGUUUAGAUCUGUCUGUGAUUUGGGAGGUUGCACUGGAGUUCUGGCCCAUGAGCUAGUACAAAAAUACCCAAACCUAAACGUAACUGUAUUUGACCUUCCAGACGUCAUUGCAAAUGUCUCUUGCUUUCAGCCUUCAGGACAGCACAUAACUUCAGUGAUGUUCACAGCAGGUGACUUCUUCAAAGAUAAUCUUCCAGAAGCAGAUCUUUACAUCCUUUCACUAAUUCUACAUGACUUGAAUGAUGAAAAGAUUCACAUAUUGUUAAGCAAAAUAUCAGGUAUUUGCAAACCAGGAAGUGCCUUGCUACUGGCAGAAAUUGUGCUUGAUGAAGAGAAGACACACCCUCCUAGAGCAGUAUUACAGUCCCUCAGUAUGACUGAAGGCAAGCAGAGAAGUGGCUCGGAGUAUAAGCAACUACUGGAGAAAUAUGGAUUCACCAAUGUGCAAAUUAAGAUUACAGGAAACAUUUUAGAUGCGAUUUUGGGCUUUAAGAAAACUUCUGCACAUUAGUUUGCACUGCAAGAUUGGUUUCCCAUCAACAGCUUAUGCAAGAGAUAUGUGACUUUGGAAGCUUUCUGAAACUACUUCAAUAAUUGAGAGCGAUUAU